CCUUACAUUUUAGGUUAUUCUUUAAUUGUUUUCUUUGCGUAUGUAUGUUUGAUUGUAUUGAUAAUAAUCUUGGUAUUCUUGAAACAGUUUUGUGAUUGUGACAUUGGUUUCCUCAAGACUUGCAAUACCUGUCUGAAUCAAUUUUGUGAUUAAAAACCGUGUCUUGAUAAACUGGGCUAUAUCUUUGAAUCAGUUACUUCAUGUUGAAACCGUGUCUUUGAAUCACUUGUCUGAAUGAAUUAUGUAUGAUGAAUAGCUUUCCUCUUACAUUGUGGGAUUGUUUUAUGUGAAACUGGAUCUGUUACCUUGCAAUCGGUGUACUACAUUUCUUAGCUUAUUCCUUAUAUUGAUUUGAUUAGGUUGGUCUGUUCAACUCUUUCUUCGUAUCUCAAGCUUCAAGUUUCGCUGCAAUCGAAGAAUUGUGAAGCUUGACCAAACAGUGGGGCAUUGCAGCCAUUCCUUUCUCAAGGCAGGGGGCCGAGGUACGAAGUUUGCAUUUGAUAACGAAGGACGGAUGAGAUGGGGCAGGAGAACUCCGAUUCAGUUGAAUUAUCGCAAGUCAAGAUAAUAGAUUCGGGGAUAGCCAUUCGAAGUCACAAGUUCUCGUGCAGCAGCACUUGUCCCUUUUCAGAUCAUGGCUACAGUCAGUCAGACUCAGCACAGCGGUCAAAGGCGGCUACCAAACUUUGCGGGCUUAUAGUCUGUUACCUUAUAGUCAUGGUAGUCGAAAUUCUUGGAGGUCUGAAAGCUAACAGCCUAGCUAUUCUUACUGAUGCAGCUCACUUGCUCUCUGAUAUUGCUGGAUUUUCCAUUUCUCUCUUCACUGUUUGGGUAUCCGGUUGGACAGCAACACCAGAACAUUCCUUCGGAUACCAUCGUGUUGAAGUUAUUGGAGCACUCCUGUCAGUGCAACUGAUAUGGGUCAUGUCUAUAUCUUUGAUCUAUGAAGCGAUCAAAAGGCUUAUCACGAAACAGACGGAAGUGAAUGGCCGACUCAUGUUUGUAAUCGCUGCCUUCAGCUUGGUUAUUAAUGUUAUCUUGGUUUUUUGGCUUGGUCACGACCAUCAUCACGGCCAUUCUCACCACGACCAUUCUCAUCAUACCUGCAACGAUGAGGGCCAUAACCAUGAAGGAGAGGAAUCAAGAACUGGAGAUGAAGAAAGUAUGAAUCUCGUCUCAACUACACAUGGGAGCAGUCACAUGGUGAACAUCAACAUUCGAGGGGCAUACUUGCAUAUAAUAUGCGACUGCAUACAAUCCCUUGCUGCAAUGGUUGCUGGUGUUUUUAUAUGGGUAAAACCGAAAUGGCUAGUGGCCGAUCUAAUUUGCACGCUUCUGUUCACCACUUUUGCUCUAACCACUACCUUCACCAUUAUACGGGAUAUAAUCCACGUGCUGAUGGAGAGGGCGCCAGCCGACAUUGAUGCUGCUCGUCUUGAAAAUGGUCUCAAACUGAUGACAGGGGUUCGCCACGUUCACGAUCUUCACAUCUGGGCCAUCACGUCAGGUAAGCACGUGUUAUCGUGUCAUGUUGUGAUUGGAUCUGAAGUCAGCCCUCAAGGAAUACUACAAGAGAUUAGGGAAUACUGUGAACUAACCUACAAAAUUUCUCAUGUAACAAUACAAGUUGAACAAGAGUGAUAUACUAAUAUUGUCAUUGUUUCUCUUCAACUGUAUUCCUUCUCCGCAAUACAUUAUUGCGUGACAAUUAAAACACUAUUGAAAGUUGAAACCAGAUGAA